AUGACACAACAGGUCAUUGAGGUGUUCAAGCAGAGUGUGAUGGGAGAGGCUGCUUCGACAAGUCAUCACUCGACACUGGUCAAAUUGGAUAGAUUGUUCAAUGCAUCCAAUUAUCAAGUCAAUGGAUUCGCUCAUGCUCUAUUACAUCCAGUCAAAAUAUUCCUAUGUUGUCAAUCAAGCUCCAAAGAUGAGCAUGCCAAUCAAACAUGUAGACUUAUCUCAAAGUACAUUUAUCAUCUUGCCACUGCUGCGACAACAUCUACAUCGACUUCGACGUCGACAACUACGACAACUACGACACAAACAUCAACAUCAUCAUCAAACACAAGGAAGUUACAACUAAAGAAUGAACUCCUCAAGUUUAUAUUUAACUGUACAGACUCCAAAGAGAAUGUAGUACGACUGCGAUCACUACAGAUACUAUCUCAAUUGUUGAACCUAUCGCCAACAGACAAGCUGAGUAUAUUCAAACUAUCAGAUGGAAUCAUUGGCAAUAAUAACAAGAACUCCCUCACAUUACAAUCAAUAUUAUCAUCGAGAUGCAAGGACAAGAACUCAUCAAUUAGAUUGUUGGCCACUAAUAUGUCGAUCAAACUAUACUCUCACGUCAAAGAUGUGUUCAAGUUUGAAGAGUUGAUGGCAAUGAUGAAUGAGGACACAAUGUACAACAUCAGGAGUGCUAUCAUGGCCGACAUUAUAGCAUUGGGCACAAUGAACAAGUGCGAGAGGAGUGAAAUGCUCAAUGCCAUCAUCAUGCGAACAAAGGACGUCAAGGACACUGUGCGAAUACAAUCAUUCAACAUGCUCAAGCAGUCGUUUCAGUUUGAGGAGCUCACCCGCGAUCAGGCGAUCGCCGUGCUCACAAAUGGCUUUGGCGAUUCGCUGGACUCUGUGCAACAGGCCACCAGCGAGCUACUUCGACAUUGGUUCCGCGCAAUGGAGAACAACACAUUGUACCGCUUCCUGGAGCUGAUCGAUGUGGAACGCAAUGAGACAUUGUUGGAGCGUUGGCUGCUAAAGGUGUACGAGCGAUCAGAGUUGUCCGAGUUCUCGCUCAAGGGCAGAGAGUCGCUCGACGUCACCUGUGAGGAAGCCUUCCACUUCAAGCUGACGGUCAAGCAGUUGCAGCAGAAGAAGGAGGCGGCAUCGUUGGACGACAAGUACUACUAUGAGGACUGUCUGGAGGGUGUGCUACCGACUCUUACCGAGUACCGCGACGUUCUCUUCCAUCACAUCAACGAGCCAUUCAUUCUGAAACAGCUAUUACAGGUGCUGGCCAUAAUGGACCAAUCGGACGAGGUUGGACGUUCAAACAUCUUGACGUUUCUCAUCGAGUUCCUCAAGCGCAUCAAUGAUCAGGAUCUCCUCAAGCAGACGCUGAGCUGUCUGUCCAUUCUGCACAGUGUCGAGCGUGACUUUAUUGUGAUGAUCGUCGAACUGCUCUCUGACAUGAUCGAUCCGCUCGAGGACGACCCGCUCAAGGUGCGUCUGACUGUGCUCGAGAAGACAUUGAAGAAGUUGGGCAACAAGUCACCAGGCGAGUCCAAGAAGAUACAAAGCGCAAUCGACACAUUGAAGGAGGACAUCAAGAACAAGGAGACAGAGACACUGACAAAGUGCUCAUUCAUCGCACACUACCUGUUGCUCAACUCAAAGAAGUGCUCAAACUCACCAGAGAUUGAUGGUCUGCUCCAGCUCAUCAUCCUGCCGUCGAUCCAGCAUCCAAUGCCAGAGCUGCGCAAGAUUGGCAUUCAGAAUCUUGGCAUCUUUUGUCUGCAUCGCAAGGUGGUGGCCUUCGCCUAUCUCAAUCUCUUUGAGAAGAUCAUUGAGAAUGAUACAAGAGAGAUACAUCUCGUUGCACUCAAAGUGAUAUUCGACAUCCUACUAGUGUUUGGCUCGCCUGACAAGCUUGCCAAGGAGCUACUGCCCCUUCUCAAGAUCAUUAGGAAGUUCUCACAAUCAUCCAACGACCUUGAGAUCAAGACCAUCUGCAUCGAAGGCUUUGUCAAGCUACUCUACUCUGGUAUCGUCAAGGAUCCAAAAAUUGUUGUAUUCUUGUUCUUGGAGCUAUUCUCUACGUCUACAAAGGAGUUGUUGGAGUUGCGCAAGUGUCUUUACUUGUUCUUUCAAUCAUAUAUUGCCGAUUGUCUGGACAACAAGCGUGUGCUCUUUGAGAACUCAAUGACAAUCCUUCAAUCGAUCACACAGGCCAACACUAUCUCAUCAUACGCUUCGAUCAAUAUAACAGAGUUGGCAAGAUUCCUCUUGUUCCUACUUGACAAGACACCAAGCACCAAUGGUAACGCGAAUGACAGUCCACAGAAGAAACAAAUCAAUGAUGAGAAGAACAACAACACAAGCAUAUUCAAUCCGGACAUUGUCCAUCCAACAUUGGCCAAGCUCAUUUGCCAUGAGCUGAUAUCAAGCUUCAGAGGUGCCACUACUGAGCUGACCAAGGUGCUGCCAUUGCUCAAGUUUGAUCGCGAGAGACACCAGGACUACCUGCUGGAGCUGAAGGACCUGGUCGAGAAGGUGUCCCUUCUGUACAGCGACGCCAAUAUUGAGAAGUUCCAUCAUAUGGUCAACAGUCAGCUGCCCACGCACCUCCGCAACGCCUACAUCAGUCAAACGUCAGGCCGUCAGACCCAAUCAGGUGUCCCUUCAUUCUUCACGAUCACUGAGCAUCCAGCAGUUGACUCAACUUCUAAGACAUCAUCAUCCACAUCAUCAAAGUUGGGCAAUGGCAAGUCAAAGAAUGACACCAACAUCAAGUUGCCAACUGGAUCACAGCUCAUUCCAAAGUCACACAAGAAGAUUGAGUUCAAUCAUUCGCUCAUUCAAUCAUUCUUUGACAAGCAGAAGGAAUUCUUCAACACUGUGGAGCACAUUGACAAGACUCCAAUAGUCAAGUCACCAAAGAAGAAGCAAAAGACCACCACAACCAGUACUACCAAGUCAAUUCCAAUCGACAACAUGGUCACAGUAUCCAACAUCAUCAGUGACAAACAACAACAGCAAUCAAUCCAACAACAGCUAUCCAAACUCAAUGUACAUAAUCAAUCACCUCCAUCACCGCCAGUGCCACCAACUCCACCAAUGGUAGUCGCGCCAAAUGAUGUUGAUGUUGUAGUAGCACCGACAACAACUACAUCGACAGUAACAACAACAACUACUACUCACAAACCAUCAAUUUUGAAGAAGAGAGUACAACAAGAUCUUCAAUUAGAGCCACAACCAAACAAACAGAAGAGAGUCAGAUUCCUAAGUAAUGAAGUAGUUCAGUAG